AUGUGCUUCCGUAAUUGUUUGAGGAAAUAAAAAAUGGAAAAUUAAAUUAUUUUUGGGAUAACUGCAAUAAUGCUGAUUUCAACUAUAUUUAUUGGGAUUGCCUUUCUUAUUUAGAAUAUAGUGUUGUUUAAAAUGAUAUAAGCCUCAUCAUCUAUAAUUUUUAUUCGACAAGAAAAUAAUUCGAUUUAAAACCUUGGCUAAUCAAUCAAACAAUACUUUAUUAGAAAACACGAACAAUACAUCUAUAGAUUGAAUAACAUAAAUAAAUUAUUUCAAUAUUAUUCUGAUAUUGAGCUAAAGCUGAAGAAAAUGGAUAAUUUGGAGUCUUGUCUUUAUUAAGAUGAUGUCAAUGACAAUUACAUUCGUUAUUCUGCAGCCUAAUUUUGCUAUUAAGCUUGUGGAUCGAGCGAUCAUUUUACAUUACCUUAAGACGAUUAAACCAUAGAGAUUUUUAAUUAAACAACAUAAAUUUUGAAUUAGUUCACCAUCAGUUUUCCAGUAACAUUAGAAUCUGUAUUGUCGUAUGCAGAUCUGUCAGACACUCAGUUCUACUCUGCUUAUCCCUUAGCCUACUCAGUCAAAGGUUAUUAACCAAAGAAAAGAUUAUGGUACACGAAUCACGUAUAAUAAAUGAAGUUAAACCCUAAGAGUAGUUUUUUCUAUUCUCCUGCCUUUUUGGUUGUGCAUCUUAAAACCUAUGCUAUUUCAUUAACUUACACUCUAUAGAAUUCAUAGAAGGAAAGUAUUGGGAUAGCCUAAUAAUUGAUAUAAUUAAUUGAUUCAGCCAUUUAAGAUCUUCCUUAUAAUGCUUUAAUAAUAAACAAAGAAGGUUAGUUGGUAUUGAAUGCAGCUGACUUUGAAUAUGACUCCAAAAAUAUUAAUUAUAUUUAUAACUAAUCAUUAACCGGUUUUAAUUAAAGUGACUGGGAGUUUAUGCAAGAACUGUCAAAGAAUAAGAGUAAUCUAAAAAAUUGCAAUGAUUUUGAAAAUGUUUACUGUCUAUAUGAUAAGUUGUACAACUCUACAAUUAUUUUAUUUACAACACAAUUGAAAAACGAGAAUUUUACUAUUUUAUUAUAUACAAAUUUUACUAUGUAGCAACAAGUCAAUGAGCAAAUGGAUUUACUGUAAUUAGGACUAGUAGACGUCGUAUAUAGAAUUUGUCUUGAACACUUGGCAUCAAUAGUUAUAAUCACAGUAGUUUCGAUGUUGGCAGUAAGGAUGUUAUUUUCGCCUCUAAAAUAUUUGAUGAAUAGCAUAAAAAAUCACAUAUUGUAAAUUGGAAAUAAUUUGAACAGAGAAUUGUUUAAGAUGCUUCACAUUUCUAAGAAAAAAAAAGUGAAUACUUUUUCGAAGUUAACAUUUGAGAUAUUAAAAUUUUAGGAUAUAUUGAACACCGUAAAGACUCAUAGAAAUCCAAUAUGCUAUUAAAUAGAAAAAUUUCAAUAUAAGUUUAAGAAUGAAGGAGAGAGGAAUAUGAAUUUAUUUUUUGAUGAAAUUUUCUUUUCUAAAAUUGACUAGUAAAAUGAGUUGAAUGAAAAGAAACUAUAUCUCUUAUGCAAAUAGUUAAUUCAUGAAUAAUAUAAUUAUCAAAAUCAUUAUAAUUGA